AUGGGUUUGAACGGAGGGAGUUGUCUAUAUGUCACAACGUCAGAUCCAGAGCAGAAAGACUGUAUGAUUUCAAGGUUUUUGUAUAUGACCUUUUGGGCAAGUUUGGGACAGCAAAGAUAUCGACAAUACAACAUGAUGUAUGCGGGUUUUUGGACUGACCUGUUUGGACUAAUAUGCAGGGUUAUUUCUGGUUUGGGGCAGCAGUAUGGUGGAGUUAGUUUAUGCAGAGCUUUGACUUGUUUAUGGACAGUAUGCAUAGGAAAACAGAGCAGCAACAGUAGGCUUAGCAGUUUUUUUUUAGAGUGUAGCAUUUGGAUUGGUAAAGCAGGGUUUUAUGGGCAGCAAGAUAGCAGAUGA